AUGGGAUACCUAGACGAUAGCCCUGUGCAAGAAGAUGUGGGUGGAAAACGCAAUAGCAUUUUAGAGCAAGAAAACUGGACACCUAGAGCCCAAGUUCCUCACGUUAAUGAUUACACCAGUUUAUCGACAACACAAAUAAAACCCGCCGAAACACAAAAAGAAAGCCGAGAAUUCGGAUCGGAACCCGCAUGGUUGAAUGGAAUGGUUAAACGGAAUUGGAGCUCUCCCGAGAAAUUGUCACCCUUAGGCACAGAAAGCGAACUCAAAAGGCCGAAAAAGCCUAAGCUCGAAAAACCUGAGAGUCCAAACCGCUUUUACUCUUCACCAGCCGUAAUUGAAAUGCUAGACCAGAAUGAGACUCAUGAAAACAAUGUCAGUAGACCCGACGCUGAUUUGGAUUUCGAGAAAGAUUUGUCCGAGGCUCUGAGUAACGCUGUCAAUGACGAAGACGAUAACGUACCGUUGAGCUUUACGAAACUUACGAAGGAUCCCAAAACGCCAGAUGCUGCGGAUAUUUCACACUUGGAGAAUUUGACGCCAGUUGGGGCCGCGCAGUCCGUGUCAGGUUCGAUCCAGGACGUGAUACGGUGCUUGGAGAACAAUUUCAACACUGAGUUGCAAAAAAGUCGAAACCGGGUCACUGAAAUCAGUGCUGAAUUGACACGGCUUCAGUCGCAACUUCGAGACCAAUUAUUUCUGUAUUCGAAACUCACAGGAGAGAUGGAGGCCCUACGAGCCGUCCACUCGGCCCAAGAACUUCAGUUUCGACACCAAAAGCAUGAGAUUGCGCGUCUAGAUAAAGAUAAAGCUUCAUUUCAAGAAAGAGUAGCCAAGCUCAAAACUAGACUGUCAGAGGUCCGAAACGAGGUGAAAAUGCUAAAUCAAAACUCGCAGAUUUUACAAGACAAGUUUCAGUCACAGGUGACAAGAAAUGAGAGCUUACAAAGCGAGUUAGACGACAUUCAAAGGCGAAAUCAAAAGUUGGGCAAAUUGGUGCAUAGCAUGGAAAAUACCAAGAACCAAUUGGAAGAUGAUUUGCAAGAGCUGAAAGCUGAGAAUUCGGAUUUGCGCGAUGAAAUCAUUGUGCAGAAAACAACGAUACAGGAGAAAGACUCUCAAAUAGCCCAGCUAAUUGAACGUGUAGAUACAAAAGCAACUCGCGUACGAGAGCUAGAGCGCGAGCUUGAAAAGUCUCUGGAAAAUAAGCAACAAUCCACGCGCGAAACACAAGAACAACUGUCCCAAAUAGUUGCAGAAAACGCACAAUUGUCGAAGGAGCUGCAAGCAAAAGAUGGCAUUGCCGCUGAACUUUCUGAAAUGCAGAUUAAAUUUCAAGACUUGGAGCAAGAGUUGGCGACGUCAAAACAAGCUAUUAUCGCGAUGACACACGAACGCGACGCUCUUUCUGAGCAAAUUUCGCACAUGCGACAAACUCGUGAAAACGUUGAUGACCAGCUCGCUAUCAGGGAAGCAGAGCUAGUCGAAUUGAAUGGGACCGUCCAAGAUUUGCGAGGUGCCAACGCGGAUCUCGAACAAACCAUCGAACAAGGUGGUGCCAGCGUUUCUGAGUGGAGACAAAAAUACGAGCAACAAAGUUCUGAGACCAAACGGCUGUCACUCGAGCUAGAAAGUCUCCAGUUUAGAGACAAAAACUCCGCAGCUGAGCAUCUAGCCGACCUCGAAGAUUUACAUCUUCAAAUGUCUUCGCUGCAGAAAACUCUCGAAUCCAACUCAAGACAAAUUUCGGAACUACUGGAGAAGAACACCUCUCUGGCCACCGAGGUGGAUACCUUAAAAGUAACAAAUUCUGAACUUCAAGAGAAACUUACACACUCGUCAAAAAGCGCUAGCGAGGACCCGGUUUUACAAGAAGAACUGCAAAAUCUUCGCCAACAGCUCAACGUAAAGGACGCAGACACCAACAAACGUCUUCAGCUCCUCGCAGAGGAUCUCUAUAUUCAAUAUUCUUCCAAGCACGAGCAGAAAGUCAAGAUGCUCAAGAAGGGCUACGAAACUAAAUACAAGGAAAAAUUGACACAACUAGAAAGAGAAAAUGUCGGGCUUAAGGACGAACUGUCGCAGCAACUUGCCACCUUAAAAGCAGAACGAAACGAGAAGCAAGAGCUUAUCAAGGCUCUUCAUGAUAGUCAUUAG